UUCUGAUUUAUUGCCUGCUUGGUGAGUUAUUUUUUUUUUUUUCCUCCAAAGGAGACCUGUGUGUUCAGCCAUUACUUUGCUCGGCGCUGCUUAUAGGAAUCUCCAACAUUCGGUGCUGUGGGUAGAACCACACUUGGGCUCUUUGCUUCUCGCCCUCGCUCCCCGUCCCUCCUCCCCUCUCUCCGCCCCUUCCCCCUUUUCUUUCUCCUCGCUUUCUUCCCCUCUCUCCCUUCUUUCGGCCGCCGUCUCCCCCGCGUCCUCCUCGGGCGGAGGGAAGCCGUGCAAGGAGAGGGAGGGCUUGGUGUCAAUUUUUUUGUGUGUGUGGCCGCGGCCGGAGCCCGCGGCGGGCGGGCGGCGAGCGGGGAGAGACCCCGGCGCGGCAGAGCCAUGGAUGGCCCGACGCGGGGCCAUGGACUCCGCAAGAAGCGGCGGUCGCGGUCUCAGCGAGACCGGGAGAGGCGCUCCCGGGGCGGGCUGGGGGCCGGCGCGGCCGGCGGCGGGGGGGCCGGCCGGACCCGGGCGCCUUCGCUCGCUUCGUCGUCGGGCUCCGACAAGGAAGACAAUGGGAAGCCCCCGUCCUCCGCCCCGUCCCGGCCCAGACCCCCGCGGAGGAAGAGGAGAGAGUCCACCUCGGCCGAAGAGGACAUCAUUGAUGGAUUUGCCAUGACCAGCUUUGUCACUUUUGAAGCGUUGGAGAAAGAUGUAGCACUUAAGCCUCAGGAACGUGUGGAGAAACGCCAGACCCCUCUGACCAAGAAGAAACGAGAAGCACUUACCAAUGGCUUGUCCUUCCACUCAAAGAAGAGCAGACUCAGCCACCCACACCACUGCAGCUCAGAUCGAGAAAACGACCGCAAUCUCUGCCAGCACCUUGGGAAGAGAAAGAAAAUGCCGAAGGGCCUCAGACAGCUCAAGCCAGGGCAGAACAGCUGCAGGGACAGUGACAGUGAAAGUGCCAGUGGAGAAUCCAAGGGCUUCCAGCGGAGCAGCUCCCGGGAGCGACUCAGCGAUAGUUCAGCUCCUUCCAGCUUGGGAACAGGCUACUUCUGCGACAGCGACAGUGACCAGGAAGAGAAGGCAUCUGAUGCCAGCUCUGAAAAACUCUUCAACGCUGUUAUUGUAAACAAGGAUCCGGAGUUAGGUGUUGGCACGCUGCCCGAACACGACAGCCAGGAUGCAGGGCCGAUUGUCCCCAAGAUAUCGGGUCUAGAGAGAAGCCAGGAGAAGAGCCAAGACUGUGGCAAAGAGCCAGUCUUUGAGCCUGUGGUGCUUAAAGACCCCUGCCCUCAGGUCCCGCCGCCUCUGCCCCAGCCCCAGGCGGAGCCCCGACCCCACGCUCCUUCCCCGGACCCCGACUUGGUGCCACGUGCAGAGGCCCCGCCUCAGCUCCCACCUCCGAGUUCUCGGCCACCGCAGGCCCCCCCAGAGGCCCAGCUUCAGCCCGCCCCCCAGCCACAGGUGCAGCGGCCGCCCCGACCACAGUCCCCCACUCUGCUGCUCCACCAGGGCCUCCCGCCCGUUCAGGGCCACCCCUCAUCUCAGCCAUUGUCAGCCUACAACAGCAGUAGCUUAAGCCUCAACAGCUUAAGCAGUAGCAGAAGUAGCACUCCGGCGAAGACUCAGCCCGCCCCGCACAUCUCCCACCACCCCUCGGCCUCCCCGUUUCCCCUCUCUCUGCCCAACCACAGCCCCCUGCACAGCUUCACACCCACCCUCCAGCCCCCCGCACACGCACAUCACCCCAAUAUGUUUGCCCCUCCCACUGCUUUGCCUCCUCCACCACCACUGACAUCAGGGAGUCUGCAGGUGCCCGGACAUCCAGCCGGGAGCACGUACUCAGAGCAAGACAUCUUGCGACAGGAACUGAACACACGUUUUCUGGCCUCUCAGAGUGCUGACCGUGGGGCCUCCCUGGGCCCCCCGCCCUACCUGCGGACAGAGUUCCACCAGCACCAGCAUCAGCACCAGCACACGCACCAGCACACGCACCAGCACACCUUCACCCCGUUCCCCCACGCCAUCCCCCCCACUGCCAUCAUGCCGACGCCAGCACCGCCCAUGGUGCGUACCCCAGGCCGAAAUUUUGACAAAUACCCUACAAAAGUUGACCCAUUCUACCGGCACAGUCUCUUCCAUUCCUAUCCUCCUGCAGUCUCGGGCAUUCCUCCUAUGAUUCCACCUACCGGCCCUUUUGGCUCACUCCAGGGAGCAUUUCAGCCGAAGACAUCCAACCCAAUUGAUGUUGCUGCUAGACCGGGGGCAGUCCCACACACUCUACUCCAAAAGGACCCUAGGUUGACAGAUCCUUUCAGACCUAUGUUAAGGAAACCAGGAAAAUGGUGUGCUAUGCACGUCCACAUUGCCUGGCAGAUUUACCACCACCAACAGAAAGUCAAGAAACAGAUGCAGUCAGACCCGCAUAAGUUGGACUUUGGACUGAAACCUGAGUUCCUGAGCCGCCCGCCGGGCCCCACUCUCUUUGGAGCCAUCCACCACCCCCACGACCUGGCGCGGCCUUCGACUUUGUUCUCUGCCGCUGGUGCUGCACACCCGACUGGGACCCCUUUUGGGCCCCCUCCUCACCACAGCAACUUUCUAAACCCUGCUGCUCACCUAGAGCCUUUUAAUCGGCCGUCUACAUUCACGGGCCUAGCAGCAGUUGGUGGCAAUGCCUUCGGUGGACUUGGAAAUCCUUCAGUUACACCCAACUCAAUGUUCGGCCACAAGGAUGGCCCCAGUGUGCAGAACUUUAGCAACCCUCACGAGCCCUGGAACCGGCUGCACCGAACGCCUCCGUCGUUCCCGACCCCUCCGCCCUGGCUGAAGCCAGGGGAGCUGGAGCGCAGCGCGUCCGCUGCAGCUCCUGACAGAGAUAGAGAUGUAGAUAAACGAGACUCAUCCGUUAGUAAAGAUGACAAAGAAAGGGAAAGCGUUGAGAAAAGACACUCCAGCCAUCCUUCACCAGCACCUCUCCUCCCGGUGAAUGCCCUGGGACACACCCGCAGCUCCACUGAACAGAUCAGGGGUCAUCUGAACACUGAGGCUCGCGAGAAAGACAAAUCCAAAGAGAGGGAGCGAGACCACUCGGAAUCCCGAAAGGACCUGACUGCCGAUGAGCACAAGGCAAAGGAGGCCCACCUGCCUGAGAAGGAUGGGCACGGCCACGAGGGGCGGGCCGUGGGCGAAGAGGCCAAGCAGCUGGCCCGUGGGCCAUCCCCCUACGUCCGGACCCCUGUCGUGGAGAGUACCAGGCCCAAUAGCACCUCGAGCCGGGAGGCUGAGCAGCGCAAGAGCGAGCCAGCCUACGAGAACCCCAAGAAGAGCUCCGAGGUCAAGGUGAAGGAGGAACGCAAGGAAGACCACGACCUGCCCCUGGAGGCCCCGCAGACCCACCGGUCCUCAGAGCCGCCGCCCCCGAGCUCCUCGUCCGGCGUGCACCCAGGGCCCCUGGCCUCGAUGCCCAUGACGGUGGGGGUCGCGGGCCUCCAUCCCAUGAACAGCAUCAGCGGCCUGGACCGGACGCGCAUGAUGACGCCGUUCAUGGGCAUCAGCCCCAUCCCGGGCGGAGAGCGGUUCCCGUACCCUUCUUUCCACUGGGACCCCAUACGGGACCCCCUGCGGGACCCGUACCGGGAACUGGACAUCCACCGGAGAGACCCGCUGGGCAGGGACUUUCUGCUAAGGAACGACCCCCUCCACCGGCUCUCAACCCCCCGGCUGUACGAGGCUGAGCGCUCCUUCCGGGACAGGGAGCCGCACGACUACAACCACCACCACCACCACCACCACCACCCCCUGGCCGUGGACCCUCGGCGGGAGCAUGAGCGCACCGGCCACCUGGACGAGCGGGAGCGCCUGCACAUGCUGCGGGAAGACUACGAGCACGGCCGCCUCCACUCUGUGCACCCCGCCUCGCUCGAGGGACAUCUCCCCCACCCCGGCCUCCUCACCCCGGGGCUCCCCAGCAUGCACUACCCCCGAAUCAGCCCCACCUCGGGACACCAGAACGGGCUUCUCAACAAGACCCCUCCCGCGGCGGCACUGAGUGCGCCCCCCCCUCUCAUUUCCACCCUGGGGGGCCGCCCGGUCUCUCCCAGAAGGACGACUCCGCUGUCGGCAGAGAUCAGGGAGAGACCCCCUUCCCACACGCUGAAGGAUAUUGAGGCGCGAUAAGGAGAGAGGCACGCGGAAGAGGGAGAGGGGACGCCCACAAACACAAGGCAGGACUUGACGCAGAAGAGACCGAGAGUACUCCUGCAUCAGUGACACAGACUGUGGGGGUGGAAAGCCCCCAACUCUCCCCCUUGUAAAAAAUGUACAGACUCAAGUGCAGAUUUUGAAAUGUUUUUGUAUAUUAUAUGUUGAAAUUUUUCAGAUCUUUUAGCCAAGUCACCUUGUUCUCAUGUCUCCUACUCUUUUUUUGUUUCCCGUAUGAAACUUUUUGAUUUGAACCAAAACAGCGAAGACGACAACACACACCAAUUUGAUGAGGAUUGGGGGAAAAAAAAACAAAAAACGAGUCCACACGCUCCCGUCUUGCAAAGCUCUUUCAGACGAGAAGGGAAGGCCGUGUACAUAGUUAUGUAAAAAAAAAAAAAAAGAAAAAAAAAGAUUGCUUCAUGAGCUAAUGGUUCAUAUAUGCAAAAGGGUAAGAUGAAAGCUUUACUUUGUACAAAUGUAAAUAGAUAAAGAUUAAGUAACAUAAUACAUUAAUACUUCUUAAAAUGUGCUAUUUGCAGACUUAAUAUCAGUGAACACAGUCCACGAAGGCUGUGUUCCCAUAUAUUGUUAUAGUCAGCUAAACCCUUCAACUAUGCAACGAAUGUUAGGGCUUUUCAGAAAAGCCCGCCUAACUCAAAGGAGCCUUUUCAAAUCCAUUUACAACCUACUUAAGGUCAUAUUUUCCCUGAACAAGCGCUUACGUCAUAUGACUCUGUUUUCCUUGCUUGUUUUUUCAAGUGGAGACGCAUCCUCUUGCAGAUUGGCCCCCAGGCUGGAACUUUGCAUGUGAAGUUGCUGCUUGUGGGCUUUGGUGGGGGGUGGGGGGUGGGGGGCAGGCAGCCCCAGAAAGCUAACUGAGGGCAUGAGCAGCCAGUGCCGGGGAGGAUGGGAUUUGUCAGACGCCAAAAUCAGGGGACGGGUGGUGGCGUCCGUCAGAGAUAAACAAGCCGCCAGAAUCUCAUCACCACCAGUCAAGUGAUUCCGUACACACCUCGUGGUCGCCAUGCCUUUUUUUAGUGUGUCCUGUUUCAUACCUGUACACACUUCUUUGUUCUGUAUUACGAUUUAAUUACACCCAAACAGAUCCUGAAAGAAAGCAUCACGUUUUCUCAGAUGAUGGAUAUGUUUUCACGGUUUUCAAUAACUGAUGAAUUUAAGGUACAGAUUUCCUGAUGUGACUCAUUGUGUUCCAGUUGGUAAUAAAGCCCAAGAAAAGGGAUAACAGGUCAGCCUUGUGGGAGCCAUCGAGAGUUACAGAGGGCAAAAAGUGGCAGAGAAAAGUCUAGUGUGUGCGUGUGUUUUUAAGUUUGCAUCAAUCUUAAUGUCUCUUCAUAAUACUUUUAUAAUACAUUAAACCUCUUGUCUACAUAUUUGGAGAGAAUAUGACUUUACUAGCAGAGAAAUACAAUAUAUCUUGUCUACUGGACUGUAAAAUAUAUGUAUGAAAUAAAAUUAGUUCCAUUUGGUCUUCUAGUAUAUUAAAGUGCUAUCUGACGUUGUUAUCCUGUUUUUGCAAAAAAAAAAAAAAAGUUAACUACAGACCAUUGUUUCUAAUAAGCAGAGAGAUCUAUUUUAGUAGUAAAUGGAAGGUUUAGUUGUGAGCUUCAGAUUUUGUGAACUCCAGAUGUUGUGCGGUGUUUUUUUUUUUUUUUGGUUUUUUUUUUUUUUCUUAAGACAACAACUAAAAAAAUCCAAGGAAUAUGUACACUGGAACAGUAGUGGUAGCUUUCAGUAUUGUAAAGAGAUUGUUCUAUACAGACCUUUUUGCUGUUUAUCCUGUAUGUAAUAAAGUCCUUUCUAGAUCCUAUGUGAAAAGAAAAGUGAAGCGACUGAAUCUUCAGCAUGUUCUCAUCGGCGGAGACUUCUUGUGUCAUGUAAACUGUGCCAUGUUAUUAAAAAAUGUGAACAAAG